GAGCCUCGAGCCUCGAUACCCUUGCGAGAGCUUUCAGUGCAGUGGGUCCCGGGCGUUCCGGGUCCUGGGUGUGUCGGCUGUCCAGCCUGCAGCCGGGGUCCUCCGCAGCCGGUCUGGAGGGACGCGCCACAGCCCGGCGGGGAUGGAACGGACGGAGCUGCUGAAGCCGCGGACCCUGGCCGACCUCAUCCGCAUCCUGCAUGAGCUCUUCGCGGGUGACGAGGUCAACGUGGAGGAGGUGCAGGCUGUGCUGGAAGCUUACGAGAGCAAUCCUGCCGAGUGGGCUUUGUACGCCAAAUUCGACCAGUACAGGUACACCCGAAAUCUUGUGGAUCAAGGAAAUGGGAAGUUUAAUCUGAUGAUUCUGUGCUGGGGUGAAGGACAUGGCAGCAGUAUUCACGAUCACACGGACUCCCACUGCUUUUUGAAGAUGCUGCAAGGAAACCUAAAGGAGACAUUGUUUGCCUGGCCCGACAAAAAGUCAAAUGAGAUGAUCAAGAAGUCAGAAAGAACCCUGAGGGAAAACCAGUGUGCCUACAUUAACGAUUCCAUCGGAUUACAUCGAGUAGAGAAUGUCAGUCACACAGAGCCCGCCGUGAGUCUUCACUUGUACAGUCCACCUUUCGAUACAUGCCAUGCCUUUGAUCAAAGAACGGGGCAUAAAAACAAAGUCACCAUGACAUUCCACAGCAAAUUUGGAAUCAGGACUCCAUUUCCAACUGCAGGCUCACGGGAGAACAACUAAGGCAUACCAAGUCCUGCGAAGUUUUGCUUCUGGGUCCUCUGAAUGUUCACUUUGGGCAGAGAGGCCACCCACCAUUUGCUGUCCAGUAACAGUUCAACAAGCCCGUGCUCGGUUCUUCUGCAAAGUGGGCGCUAAGGAGGCAGACGGUGUCCUGAGCUACGCAGGAGAAAAAUCCCACUAAAGAAAAUCUCGAAUGAUUUGUAAUGGCCAAAUCACAUUGUUCCAGGUUCUUCUGUCCUCUAAUCCAUGGAAACUCUACUGGGGGGUUUCACUGGGGGCAUCUCAGCCUUUGGUAACUCUCUGGUCUCAGAAUUGUAAUAAUCAAGUUAAAAGUCAGAAACUACAAACUAUCAAAUGUCUGUUUUGAUAUACCUGGAAGACUAAAUGCAGAAAUCCUUAAUAUACUUUGUAUGUUCUUAAUAUCUGACGGGAAUUUUUUUAAUCUGGAUUUUAUUUUUUCAAGCCUAUUUGACAAAUUCCUAUCCUAUGGAGAAUAGGGAAGCACAUAGAAGUUUGCUCCUUGGUAGUGACCAGCAAUGGUUUAGAAAUGCGCAUGUACCCAGACCUCCUGCAAACAAAAAACUGAAACUGUGUGUAAUGUGUCCCCCUUUGUACUGCCACCAAAUUUGCCAAACAACUUUAAUAAAAUUGGAUUUGAGAAGUA